AUGCACUCCCUCAUAGCGACACCAAGACCGUCAUCAACGAAAGCAGAACUAUUAGCGAAGCAUAAUCGAGCAAUAGCAAACAUCAGAGCACCAUCCAGACACAUCACAAAGCUCGAGAAAGUCACAUACGAAGUGGAUCAGUACAUUUCCUCGCGCAGAGGACAGAUCUUCACUCUAUCGGUGGUAGGACUCGUGCUGAUUGUGAUUGGUGGGAUACUUCUCAAGGCCGUGCAGCCAUCCAGAGAGUUCGGAGAGACUGUGUGGGACUCCUGGACGUAUAUGGCAGACACGGGCUCUCAUACGUCCCUGGCUCAGGAUGGUCUUCGAGUGGUUGGAGUACUGACGACGUUAGUGGGUAUUCUGUACUUCUCCGUGGUCAUGGGCUUCGUCGUUGACGGCAUUCGAGAUAAGUUGGAUACAUUGAAGAAAGGCAAGUCCAUUGUCGCCGAAGAACAGCACACGCUUCUUCUCGGCUGGACAGAAAAGUCGGUGUCUUUGAUUCGACAGAUUUGCUUGGCGAAUGCCAGUGAGCACGGUGGAGUUAUCGUCGUGCUCGCCGAAAUGGAUAAGGAAGAAUUAGAAGCUGAGCUCGAGUCUCAGAUGCGGAAGGAAGAGCUGCGAGGAACUCGUGUCAUCUUCCGCACUGGAACACCUCUGCUAUCUGUUGAUUUACUAAAGGUGUCCGCGCACAGAGCCAAGAGUAUUAUUAUCAUGGCAAACUCGACAGGUGAUGCGGAUCGAUCUGACGCGGCGAUACUUCGCACUGUUCUUAGUCUCAAGACUCUUCCCGAGCUGACAGGCCAUAUUGUAGCUGAGUUACGCGAUAUCGACAACGAUCCGUUGGUUCGGCUAGUUGGAGGCAAAGAAGUCGAGAUCCUCGUAUCACACGACAUCAUUGGACGCCUGGUGCUCAUGUCCGCUCGAUCUCCUGGCCUCGCACGCGUUUACUCUUCUCUGCUUGGGUUUGAAGGCAACGAGUUUUACUUUAAGGAAUGGCCUGAAUGUGUCGGUGUACCGUUUGGUGACCUCACUGAGCGCUUCCCUAACGCGAUACCGGUCGGUAUCAAACGGAAGAAUGGCGAGGUAUUCAUCUGUCCGAAUGCUGACAUGACGCUAGAAAGAGGAGACCAGAUUUUGGUUCUAGCCGAAGAUGACGACACGUACAAGGCCUGUCCUCCCGUCUCCAUUGAGACCGGAAACGCACCGUCACCACCCGUUAAACAGCCUUCAAGGGAACGUAUUCUAAUGUGUGGUUGGCGUCGAGACGUGCGAGAUAUGAUCCAGUUACUGGACGCAGUUGUAGAGCCUAGCACCGAGCUGCACAUAAUCUGCGAAGAGCCCAUCCAUCUACGCAACAAGCUUCUACUUGAAGGAGGAUUGACGGUGGAGAGCUUGAAGAACAUCAAACUUGUUCAUUACGUGGGGAACACGGCAAUCCGCCGACAACUGGAGAGGUUACCGUGGCACUCGUUCACUUCAAUUAUGAUUUUAUCCGACCAAUCUCGGGAGCUGGAUAUCAUGCAUUCUGACUCACACUCGCUGGCUUCUUUACUCCUGAUUCGCGACCUACAAGCUCGAAGUUCCAGUCGGAACAGCGUCAUCCUAGGAGCUCCUGGCUACUGCAAAUGCAUCAGUGAGAUUCUGGACCCACGGACGCAACGCACGAUCUCCACAAGCGCCACCAUCCUCACGCUAUCGGAGUUUAUUCAGUCGAACGAACUCGUCAGCUGCAUUCUUGCUAUGAUCUCUGAAAGUCGUGAUGUGCGAGUGAUCCUGGACGAGUUAUUAGGACCUCAAGGUGCGUUCUUCGAGGUGGAAUCCUCAGCUCGAUACUGUGAACCAAACGAGCAGGUUUCCUUUUGGCAAUUGGCCAAACGGGCGAUGGCACAGGGAGAUAUUCUAUGUGGAUACCAAGUUCGUGGGGUAGAGGAGACUGUUCUAAACCCGGGAUCGAAACAUCUUCUGCAGUCUUGGGAGGAGAUGGACAUGAUUGUGAUCCGAAAUGAGGACGAUGGCUUCGCAUCGCAUGAAUCUUCGUACGUACCAGUCGUUUCCGAAGACUUUGAACGCACAACAAUCAGUCGCCACGUGAAGGCGACGUACUCCAGACAACGACUUCUGGACGCUAUCGUGCAAGAGUCCGAUCUUAACAGCUUCAGUGAGGUCUGCAGCGAGACCGACCGUGCGACGAUCUUGCGAGCGCUCAGUAUGACGGACGUGUUGUCGACACAAACCCACCAAGUCAGUGUACGUGCAUUAGUUGCCGCGGCACGGAUUCUAGCCGACGCGUUAGAAAAGGCAGACGCUAACCAUGUGAAGAGUGUCUAA